GCGCUAGGCGCUGUCCGUCACACAGCGGAGGGGUGUGACGGGCGGGGAGCGAGUUCAUGUCCCGCCCCAGGCCCGCAGCUGCAGCUGGGCUGAGCCGCGCUCGGAGCGUGGGGAGCCGGGGCCGCUGCGCCGCGGGGAGCUGCACCGCCGGCCCCUGACGGACGGAGAGGCGCCAUGGUGGAGUACUACGAAGUGCUGGGCGUGCCCCGAAACGCCUCCUCGGACGACAUCAAGAAGGCGUACAGGAAGGCGGCGCUGAAAUGGCAUCCGGAUAAGAACCCGGAGAACAAGGAACACGCCGAGCGGAAGUUCAAAGAGAUCGCGGAGGCCUACGAAGUGCUGUCGGACAAGGAGAAGCGUGACAUCUACGACUGCUAUGGCAAGGAAGGCCUCAUGGGAGCAGCAGGGCCUGGGGGAUCAAGAGCCGGCGCAGGAGUCCCCGAAUUCACCUUCUCCUUCCGCAGCGCCCACGACGUCUUCCGGGAGUUCUUCGGCGGGCGGGAUCCCUUCUCUGAGCUCUUCGAUGAGAUGCUGCCGUUCUCAGAACUGCGGGGAGCUGGCCUUGGACACCCCGGACCAGGCUCCUUCUUCUCGUCUUUCCCGGCAUCCUCAGAUUUCUUCUCCUCGUCCUUCAGCCCUGGCACCGACCCCGGAAUCGGCUUCCGCUCGGUUUCCACCUCCACCACCUUCGUCAAUGGCAAACGCAUCACCACGAAGAGGAUUGUGGAGAACGGGCAGGAGCGGGUGGAGGUGGAAGAGGACGGGCAGCUGAAAUCAAUCCACGUUAACGGUGUCCCUGACGACAUGGCGCUGGGGCUGGAGCUGAGCCGCCGGGAGCAGCAGGCCCUGCCGGGCCGGGCCUCGCACUCGCCCCCCGCACCGCCGCGGCCCCGCGGCUCGUCCCCGGUCUGCCUGUACACGGACAGCGAGGAGGAGGACGAGGAUCUGCAGCUGGCCAUGGCCUACAGCCUGUCUGAGAUGGAGGCCGCGGGGCAGCACAGAGCAGGUGUGUUCUGAGGGACGCGCCGCGGGGACCCUGCCAUGUGCAGUCGCCCAGGGAGGCUGGUCACACCCGGACAUCGCUCUGUUUCCGCACUCCCCCCCUCCCCCCCAGUACCCCCGGGCUGCGUAGUGGGGGGUCUCUCCUGUCACUGUCUGCUGAGCAGUGUGUAGUCGGCUGUAGCUAGUGAGGAGGGGGCACGGCAUCUGUGCUGGGGCCUGACGGGGCAAUGCCCUGCCCGUGGGGCCCUGACAGCUCUGCAGGGCAGCUGUGCCAGGGGGCCCCGGGGGGAGGGGGGCUGGGGGACAGAGCCCUGGGCACCUCCAGCCCAGCCCAGUCCUGCUCUGCUGGGGGUUGCAGCUGGAAGAGGGCUGACUGCAGGGCUGGAGGCAGCCCAGGGGAAGGAGUAAGGGCCCCCACAACCCCCAUGGGGGAGGGAGCUGCAGCUGGAAGAGAUGGAGGAUUCUCCUUCAGGGCCUGCACAGGGGGAGGAGACUUACUCCAGCAGCCUCCCCACCCCCCCUUCCCCUUACAGCUGGGCAGGAGCCGCUCUAAGGCUGCGGAUGCAGGGGGGUGGAAGGAGGGUGCCUGUGCCCUGCGGGUCCUGCUGUGCAACCCCCUUGCUGCUGUGGGGCUGCGCCAGCCACCAGGGAGCGGACCCUGCUGUCAGUCAAUAAACUGUUUGCAAUAGA